UCUGGCGAACUUUAAGAAACUAAUGGACGAAAAUCCUGACACGCCCCAGGCGGUGGCAGCAAUCAGCACCUUGAUUGAGUAUAUUAAUCAAUUACAUUCAGCCGAAACGCUGUCGGAGCUUCGGGAAAAACUCAAAAGUGCCAUUGAAAAGUUAACGAGCAUUGAAAGUUCCGUUGCAUCUGUUGCCUCAGGAUGUGAACUUUUCCUUCGUUUCAUCACGCUCACCUCUUUAGAUCACCCGGAUUUUCAAGAGUGCAAGAGGCUUCUGGUGGAGAGAGGAAAGCUAUUUCUAGAGAAGGCUGCUUCCUCGCGAAACAAAAUCUACGAACUUUGUAAUCAUUUCAUCAGAGAUGGAGCUACAAUUUUAACGCAUUCGAGAUCAAGAGUUGUACUGAAACUGUUAAAAGCCGCGGCAAAUCAGAAGAGAAGAUUCAAUGUUUUGGUCACAGAAUCUGCACCAGACAAGUCAGGCUAUAAGAUGCACGAUCAACUUCAGGAGGCAGGGAUACCUUCCACCGUGAUUCUAGAUAGCGCUGUCGGUUACGUAAUGGAAAAUAUCGACUUUGUGUUGGUUGGUGCCGAGGGAGUUGUUGAAAGUGGCGGAAUUAUUAACAAGAUUGGUACAUAUCAAAUUGCCAUCGUGGCUAAGGCGGCCAACAAGCCGUUUCAUGUCGUCGCUGAAAGUUAUAAAUUUGUCCGUCUUUAUCCAUUGAACCAGCGUGAUGUGCCUAAUAAAUGGAAGUAUUCUUACACCUCAUCUCCGAGACAGGAAGAUCACCCAUUAGUGGACUACACACCUCCGUUUUACAUCAACUUACUAUUCACAGACCUUGGUGUCUUGACGCCAUCAGCAGUUAGCGAUGAACUCAUAAAGCUCUACUACUAAGAUGUCAUGUAUUAUUUACAAAUAAAAUUUAC